UUAUCACAAGCGGAACCACUGAAAUGCGCUGUUGUUUGAUGUCGGUGUUGGAAACGAGUGUCAACAAGAUUCGGCGGAGAGACAGUGGCCGCUGAUGAGAAAUACCUGAUUUCUUUCCACGAAAACAGCCCCAUUACAGACGGGCACAGAGGAGCCGGAAGCUCGUUGGAGCUGCCACUGUGGUCACCCUGCUGCAAGGUGCUGAUUAUGCCCCCGGGACGGCGUCUGUAACGCGGCUUCAACAGGUCCCAGUCCAGGGUUCUAGGGCACAUUGCUUAUAGUGUGUGUUUCAUACAUUUUGCCAUGAUGGAGGCCAGUGGAGCCCCCGCCGACAUCCUCCUCCAGUGUCCCUGGCUUCCUGUAAACAUCAACGGCUUCCAGCUCCUCGCCAAGAGCUGGUUUGGAGACGCAGCAUACCACAUCCUGCUGACUGACAUGAGCAGUGUGUGGGAGGAGAGGAUGGACUCAGCCGCCAUCCAGAGCCGAGCACAGGAGCUGAACAGGCGUUUGCGAGCCUCUGUUAAAGCUUUCUUCUCCCACCUGUGUGAGGUGGUCCGGCCGAGUCUGUCAGGUGAGCGAGCUGACAGCGAGGCUCAGAUCUCCCUGACCCGACAGGACGGCGGUGACAUCAGCAUGAGGCUGAAGAGCAAGCUGGCUGGGCUACCCGUCUACUGGGAGUUUCAUUGCACCCCUGCCCCCGUCACACUGGUGUGUGAGCAGCUGGCGCGCCCCCUGCUGGUGAUGAGCCGCCUGCUGCAGCGUCAGGUGGAGCAGCUGGGAGCUAUGCUGGGGAGGAAGGAUGCAGAGAUCCAGGACUACAGAGAGAACGGUGCCACGCUCAGCAGAGAGCGGCUGCAGACGGACGUGUUUGAGGAGCACACCUACAGAGAGGACUUCCUGGCGAAGGCUCUUCCUCAGCUGUGUUAUGAACAGGAGGACACUCUGGGCUUCAACCCCGACCUGCAGCACCUGUACACUGCUGUCGUCACUCACAGAAGUACACGAAAACGUAAACUGUCUGAGGAGCGCUUCGUUGAGGAGGAGCACACUGCUCCUGAGGUGCCUGAGCCCAGCCCAUCUCCAGGUGCUGCAUCUGUUGGCAGCAAACCAGCGGAGAAGGAGCGAGAACAGAACAGCAAGAUGGACGUUCCCACAGCCAAGAUGGCCGACAGAGCCGCAGCACAGCAGUCUCUGUCAGUCACGUCCAAGCACACUGAGCGCCCACCCUCCAAACCAAAGAAGAAGAAAGGCGUCGGACUGUUCAGAUGAGCACAAGCAGUAGGACGCACAUGCUGCUAAGAACUCUGGUUAUAAAAACGGUUUUAUUGGAGAAAUGUUAGAACAGGCCUUUAAAGGCUUUUUUAGGCUUUUACUUUGAAGGAGGACGCUUGUAGUUUGAGUUACUUUUAAUCCAGUUUUUUUAUUAGCUUUUACAUUCAAAUGAGAAUCUGGUGAGCUUUAUCUGAACACUGAUGUUGAUUAAAGAUGGAACAAUAA